AUGUACUCAUUUAUGUGCAUUAGCGUAUUUGAUGCUUUUCCCAGAAGAAUUUAUUAUAUAAUAUCUAUCUAUCUAUCUAUCUAUCUAUCUAUCUAUCUAUCUAUCGUAUUUUGUUCGUAUCUAUUUACCAAAACGAGAAUAUAUAAUCACUUAGUCUUUUCUUUUUUGUCGUCUUUCUCUUUCUUACUCGCUUUCGCAAACCCACUCCAUCCUUAUUGCUUGCCUUGUUACACCUCGACCUCACUAUUCAUUCACUACUGCCAGAGCCCUCUGCGAUGGGCACAUACACAACCCCACGAUCUCCGCUGUGCAAUAUUUGCUAGUAUUUAUAAAGCACCUGGAUGUUACUUAGGUGCGUCCACCGAUGCGAAACCUAGCACCAACACCCGCUUCCAAAUCCACCCAACUAUCGCAUCAUUCAUCCUUCUUUUCUUCAAUUUAUCCGACAAUAACAGAAAUAUACGGACUGGCCAGAUUCUUUCACCCACACAUAUCACGACGGCCAGCUUUCCCCCGACACGUCCCUCUCUGUGGCCGCUAACGUUGCCUUUCAAGCUGCGGACAUUUCAAACGGUGUCAUUCUUCUUCCGGACCCCACUAACAACAACUUCACAAAUACUUCGGACACUUGUUUUUUUCGAGCAGAGGUUAUUUCAGCCUCAAGCGGACAUUUCUUCUCGUGUCACCGGCACUCGUGAUAUUGGUACAAUAAAUGAUAUUGGUAACUCUCACCAAAUCAACAUUGACACCGUUGAUGACAAUGUAUCCAUCGACGAUGCUUCUUCGUCGUUUACUCGAAGGAGUUCUUUUUCUCCGCAAGCGAAUCUGCUGGGUGUUGCUUUCCGAAAAGAAAGGCAAGGAGCCUCGUUAUCGUCAUUGUCACCCGUUGUGGCAGUUGUACCGACGUCUUCGUCUUCAGCUCGACACGGGGUGAAGACAGUAGCUAAACUACCCUCGAUCCUGCAGCAAUAUCACCAGUCAAAGCGGGACAUACAGACAUCAGUGCAAAAUCAGUCAGCAUCUCUAUCAUCAUCUUCAUCUUCUGUAUCGAUUGCUUCCGUCCUUGCACCGGCGCCGGUAACUGCUGACGUGUCUCUUGACGGCGCUCUGUUCGGCCGAGCGGGGCACAGCCCCUAUGUCCUCAAUGGCCGCAAUGGACCCUCGGGCGUUUACUGCAUUAUUUCUUUUUAUGUGAGAAAUAAUCACUAUCUAUCUAUCUAUCUAUCUAUCUAUCUAUCUAUCUAUCUAUCUAUCUAUCUAUCUAUCUAUCUAUCUAUCACUCUUCCCUAUCUAUCUAUCUAUCUAUCUAUCUAUCUAUCUAUCUAUCUAUCUAUCUAUCACUCUUCCCUAUCUAUCUAUCUAUCUAUCUAUCUAUCUAUCUAUCUAUCUAUCUAUCCUCUUCUAUAA